AUGCGUCUCUUCAAAACACGCAAAUCCAUUGAUACAUAUAGCACUACUUCAUCUCCGCACCAUUCACAGCAUAUCAACAAUUCAGCAGUGGCAACAUGUACUUCAAAAUUUACCAAAACGAUAGCAGGCAGUUCAGCAAUUUCUUCUUCACUGCCUGAUCUGCAUGACUCACCCGUCAUGAUACUCAGCUGCACAAAUCUAAGCACAAGUGGUCUUACGCCUCCACGUGCGCCAUCCGUAGCCAGCACGGUGAAUAGCAGUAACAGUGGCGCCUCAUCACAUACACACUCACCACUGCAUUUAACGCCAGCGCAUAAUGCAAGUGGACGUCAAACACCCUCGGCAUUGUCAGUGGCAUCACUCAAUGAUGCCACCUUACAACGUCAUGCGGCAUUGCCUACACACUUUCACAACAACAAAUGCAACAACACAUUAUACGUGAAUUAUGGUGGCAGCAGCAAUAAUAUAGCUGUCACUCAGCCGUACUAUCAGAAAUUCGGUAAUCAAAGUAUGGGUCAACAACGCAAUGCGUCAUCUUCAAGCAGUUGCAUAUAUGAAAAGAGUAAGAAUGGUGGCAUUUCUCUGACGCCAAAUGGUAAUGUGAGCAAUAAGGUCUGUAAUGGUGGCUCAACGAUAUCUUUAAUGGCACCAAAUGGUUCAACACCACAAUUUAACACGAAGAUUCCUGAGUCCCUAGGGAAAAACAGUUCCCUAGGUCGCAGCGCUACAUCUCGUAAUAUUCUUCUCGGCUUAAUUGCUGCAUCAGCUGCCGCCCCAGGCGGUUUACUUGAUUAUGGACAUGAUCUCUCAUAUGCCGCACCAGCUGUUGGCUAUGCACAUGCAGGCCCCGUUGCCGUAGCUGCAGCACCAACUUUUGUCAAAUCAAUUGCUGCUGCGCCUGUUGCAGUUGCAGCCCCUGUAGCUGUUUCAGCUCCUGUUGCUGUAAAAGCAAUCGCUGCUCCAGCAGCUACGAGUUAUUCAUCAUUUAGUCAGGUCACACACUCAGCUCCAGCUGUCGUUAAAUAUGCCGCCGCCGCUCCUGCUAUAUCAUACGCAGCUGCAGCUCCCGCCAUCUCAUAUUCUGCUGCACCUGUCGUAAAAUAUGCAGCCGCUGCUCCUGCUAUAUCAUAUGCCGCUGCUGCUCCCGCCAUCUCAUAUUCUGCUGCACCUGUUGUAAAAUAUGCAGCCGCAGCUCCUGCUAUAUCAUAUGCCGCUGCUGCCCCUGCUAUAUCCUAUGCAGCUGCAGCUCCCGCCAUUUCUUAUGCCGCCGCACCGACUGUAGUCAAAUACGCCGCCGCUGCACCUACAUACACAGUAGCCGCUGCACCAUCGAUCGUCAAAUACGCCGCACCUGCAGUUUCACUCGGUAGUUAUGGUGGCUUUUCCAGCUAUGGCGGCUACGGGGGUUAUGGUGGUUAUGGUGGUUAUGGAGGUUAUGGAGGUUAUGGAGGUUAUGGAGGUUAUGGCCAUGGCUACGGUCAUCUGUUGCAUUAAUUUUCUCAUAAUCACUCACAUAACGACGAAGGAUAAUCGGCCGAAGGAUAAUAAGGAUAAACGUCAUUUCUACAAUAUGCCAGAGUCAUUUUAAUAUUCUUAUGUUAACAUUUAGUAUUUCUAAAAUAUUUGAAAAAACAAAUAAAAAUAAUGGAGCAUCAACGUGAACCUCAGAACAACGAAGGAGUAAAAAUAACAGCAACAAC